AUGACAGACUUCCUCACCUCCCCCUCACCUUCUCCCCCUCCCCUCUUCUACUGCGACUACAGCGACUGGUCCCCCUCCUUCUCCAUCAUCCCAUCCGUAUACCUGCUGGCAUUCCUGGUAGGUUGUCUCGGCAACGGCCUGGUGCUGUGGGCCUACGUGGACCGAGUCGAGAGGAAGGGAACGGGAGACAAUGCUGGAAUUGGAAAGCUCUGUUGUGCUGGCAUUUUCAGAACCAGUCAGCAGAAUAUUAACAGUGCUGGUAGAUUUCACCACGGGUCAUUUGCUCAGAAGAAGAAGGAAAACUGUGGGUAUCCCUCAGGACAAAGCUGCAGACCCUCCUCUCACUCCUCCUCCACCUCCUCCUCUUAUCCUCCCUCCAUCCCUCGUCCCUCACGCUCACUCACAGACUCUCUAAUAGCCAGCUUGGCAUUAGCUGACCUCUGCUUCCUUGUGACUCUCCCUCUGUGGGCAGUCUACACGGCGAUGGGCUACCACUGGCCUUUUGGGCGACCCCUCUGCCAAAUCAGCAGCUUCCUCACUGCUCUCAACAUGUAUGCCAGUGUGUUCAGCCUGAGCAUGCUCAGUGUGGAGCGGUACUGGGUUCUGACUGGACGCCGACACUCCAGCCACCAUGCCCCGCAGAGCUGCCCCAGCAGGGCUUUGUGGAUACUUGGAGGGGUGUGGGUGCUGGCGGGGGUGCUGGCCCUUCCUGGUCUUCUGCUGCGCUCCGUAAGGGAGGUGGAGAUGGACCCUGAAUCUGAGGAUGAUUGGCAGCUUGAGCCAAUUCACCCUACUGACUCUGGAUCAGUGUUCCUCUCCUGCCAGAUGGAUUACUCAAUGCUGAUUGGAGCAGAGCUGGAGGAGGCAGAUCGGGAGAGGGCAGAGAUGUGGUGGGCAGCCGCUUUGAGUCUUAAAUCAACUCUAAUAGGCUUCCUGCUUCCUCUUGUCAUCUUGCUGGUCUGCUACUGCUCACUGGCCCAGCUCCUCAACAGACAUUUUGGACGGGGCCCUCGUCCUGACCGCAAGCGCCAGCGAAGACUCCUCAGGGUCAUUGUCACUCUAGUGAUGGCCUUCUUCCUGUGCUGGCUGCCUCUGCAUGUUAAUAAGACUGUUUCCAUGCUGCUAGAGUUUGGUUUUGUCCCAUACUCCUGCUCUUUAGAUCAGAUUUUACUGGCUGCUCACCCGUACGUCACCUGUUUAGCCUAUCUCAACUCCUGCCUUAACCCUCUCCUGUAUGCUGCCUGCGACCCGUCAUUCAGGAAGAGAUGCAGAGGAGCUCUCCUCAUGUUGUGCAGGACGAGCAGGAGAGGAGGAGAGGGAGGGGUGGGAGAGAAAGAUGGAGGAGAGGAAGAAAGAGAGGAAAGGAGCUCUGCUUUUCCCACAAGAACGCAAGAGGAAACAGCAGAUAGGACAGAGGAGGAGAGGGUGGGGGAGGUGGGUGGGAUGAUUUCUGAGGCCACGUGA